UACGCAGCAAACAAUAAAAUAAAAAAAGAAGAAAAUAAAAAUAAAAAUAAAAAUAAAGUCUUCAUUGUUGACAUUGUGAACAACAAGUAUCUCAACAACACCAACAAAGGCAACAAGCGUCGACGGCAGAUAGCCAGCAAUAACAUUCAAAAUGAAUUGGUUGCAUCUGGUAAUCGUUGCAGCCGCUUUGGCAAUUGGCGAUGUUGCGUCAUUGUCAUUGGAUCCAGUUGCCUCUGCUGAAUUGGAACAGUACAUAAAGAAAGGUGAUUGUGUUAUAUCUAUGCGUCAUAUACGACCACGGCGAAAGUUGCAUAUAUCAAUUGAGGCACUCUUCAUGAUCGAUUUUCCCACACUGAAACACAAAAUGUCCUUCUUCCUCGAUCGUAAACAGCAGCGCGUAACGCUUGACAUUAGCGACAAUGGCGCCACCGAAUCCAAACAUUUCGAGAUUCCCAACAUAAAUGAGACGAGCACAAUUCGUUCGUUGGCAUUGCAUUUCCAUAAAAAUCGCAUAGCUUUGUUGGUGGAUUGCAAGGAGAGUUCAGCACAUGAAAUUGAUUUGAAUCUAACCAAAUUGUAUGCUUCGCAAUUAGAUGAUCCGAUAAUUAAACUGUUUCGUGAGCGUAAAUACCCACUCCAUUUUGAUGGGAACGUUGAAAAUGCCUUGCAGCGUGCCAACUGUCAAAAGGGCAUACUCCAUCGUCGCGGCAAUAAACGCAUGUUGAAGAACAAAAUUUCGGAACGUGAAAAGAAUAAGAAACGUGAUGUGCGCAACUGGUUUAAUCAUGAGCCGCAGGUUGGCAGUAGCAGUAAUGAACAGUACCGCCAACAGGAAACUUCAUUGGACAUUGAACGUCGCGGUGACAUACCCGUCAUGCACGGAGAUUGUGAAGACGCCCUCGCAAAAUCGCUCAGCGACUUAAUGGCAUUGGUGAAAUUGCUUCGAGAAGAUAUCGCCCACCAACGACAGGAGAUUGCCUACUUACGAAUGUUGCUCGAAAACUGCGCAGGCUGCAAAGAACCCAGCAAUAACAUACGUGUGGAACCAACUUGCCGCACUUCGAAUCCUUGUUAUCCAGGUGUCGAUUGUCAUGAUAGCUCGUCAGGACCAAGAUGUGGUCGCUGUCCAACAGGCUAUAUUGGAGAUGGAAAAUUGUGCAAACCAGGCUUGAGUUGCAGCGAUAGACCGUGUUUCAUAGGUGUUCAAUGUCACGAUACAGUGAACGGUGCACAAUGUGAUACCUGCCCAAUCGGUUAUGAUGGUGAUGGACGCACAUGUACCAUACGUAAUCCAUGCUUGGAUGGACCAUGUCCUUCAGGUGUUGAGUGUGUACAGAUACGUUAUCCGCCGUACUUUCAAUGUCUCAACUGUCUUCAUCCCGUUAAUGGUACUUGCAACGCAAACAUAGAUGAAUGUAGUCUAUACAAACCAUGCGAUGCGAGAGCAACUUGCAUAAAUCUAUAUCCUGGUUUUAGGUGUUCACCAUGUCCAUCAGGAUUUAUUGGAACACAUGCAUUGGGAUAUUACGCUGAGUAUAUGCCUCUAAACUAUCAGAAGCAAACUUGUCAUGAUGUCGAUGAAUGUGCAACCGGCUUGUCCAUAUGCAAGGAAAACUCAGUCUGUGUCAAUACAAUUGGUUCAUAUCAGUGCAAAUGUCAGGAUGGUUUUAUUGCCAACGGCACAUACGGCUGUAUUUCUAUGACGGAUAUGUGUCCAGAUGGUACUAUAUGCGAUCGUAAUGCCAACUGUUAUCUGAUGGAUGACUUCAAGUAUACCUGCAAAUGUAAAGUUGGUUGGGCUGGUACCGGUUUUUUGUGUGGACGUGAUCGUGACAUGGACGGUUGGGCUGAUGAGCAUCUACCAUGCAAUGAUGUGCGUUGCCGUCGUGAUAAUUGUCCAUAUUUACCAAAUUCUGGACAAGAAGAUGCGGAUAAUGACGGUAUUGGUGAUGGUUGUGAUGAGGAUGCGGAUGGUGACUUAGAAAAGAACGAUAAAGAUAACUGUCCAUUUCAGUACAAUAUCGAUCAGUUGGACUCUGAUCAUGACGGCAUAGGAGAUGCUUGUGAUAAUUGUCCAUUUGUGCCCAACCGUAAACAGCUCGAUACCGACAAGGAUGGUAUGGGUAAUGACUGUGAUGAUGACAUUGAUAAUGAUACCAUUGCGAAUAUGUAUGACAAUUGUCCAAGCGUGCAAAAUCCAAAUCAAUCGGAUGUAGAUAACGAUGGCAUUGGUGAUGCUUGUGAUAACUGCCCUACUAUACCAAAUCCAUCACAAGAGGACCGAGACAAUGACUUAGUGGGUGAUGCAUGUGAUAGUGAUAUUGAUGGUGAUGAUGAUGGUAUACAGGACAGUGAGGAUAAUUGUCCAUUUGUGCCAAAUUCAGAUCAGCUUGAUACUGAUGCUGAUGGAAAAGGUGAUCCUUGUGACGAUGAUAUUGAUGGAGAUGGUAUACCAAAUCAUAGAGAUAAUUGUCCAUUAGUUAAAAAUGUUGAUCAACUUGAUUCAAAUCGUAAUGGUAAAGGCGAUGCUUGCGAGAACGACGAGGAUGAAGACGGUUCACCAAAUUUUGUAGAUAAUUGUCCUAAUAACUCAAUGAUAUAUUCUACUGAUUUUCGUGCUAUACGGUCAGUGAUACUUGAUCCAGAAGGUGAUGCGCAAUUGGAUCCCAAUUGGGAAGUACAUGCAAAUGGUUCAGAGAUUGUACAAACGCUUAAUAGCGAUCCAGGUUUAGUAGUUGGUCACGAUGCUUUUGGAGGUGUUGAUUUUGAAGGCACAUUUUACGUGAAUGAUGAUACCGAUGAUGAUUAUGUUGGUUUUAUUUUUAGUUACCAAAGUAACCGUAAAUUUUAUGUUGUUAUGUGGAAAAAAGGUGCACAAACAUAUUGGCAGCCAAUACCAUUCCGUGCCUCGGCGGAACCCGGUCUACAAAUUAAGUUAGUAGAUAGUAUAACUGGUCCUGGUUCAAUGCUUAGAAAUAGUCUCUGGCAUUCUGGUGAUACACAAGACCAAGUAAAAUUAUUAUGGCGAGAUCCAUUAAAUGUUGGUUGGAAGGAGAAGACAUCCUAUCGUUGGAGAUUGAUGCAUCGCCCAGCGAUUGGUUUGAUUCGGUUAAGAAUGUAUGAAGGCGAAAAAUUGGUAUUAGAUUCCAAUAAUGUUUACGACGCCACAUUAAAAGGUGGUCGCUUGGGUGUCUUCUGCUUUUCGCAAGAACAGAUCAUCUGGUCGGAUUUGGUUUACAAAUGCAAUAAUCGUGUGCCUUCUUUAAUAUACAAUGAGCUGCCUCUCAACUUAAAAAUGAAAGUGGAAAUUGACAGAUAAAUUUUGCACCGCUAUAUUGAGUACUUAAAGUUAAACAAUUUUUAAAAAUACUUAGAAUAUUAAUACUAUUUAAACAAUUUAUUAAAUAUUAUUAGUUAUAAUUUUUUCAUGAUUGUUUUUUUUUAUUAAUCACAUUAAAAGACUUACAAAUAUACGCAC